AUGGUUAAAUUAUUUUAUUUAGGAGUGUUGUUUAAACGUGAUGACGACACUGUCAGGUGUCUUAAAUCUGCUCAAAAUUUGCAAUCAUUUGGGUUUUUUCAACGUAACAGUGUGAGUGAAUUUAUGAAAUUUACAAGUAAAGUGCUUGUAGAAAAAAGUGACUUGGCAACUCGUUCCUCUGUCAAACAACAAGAUUACGUAUGUCACGUGUACAUUCGAGGAGACCGUUUAGCUGGAAUCAUCAUAUCGGAUCAAGAAUAUCCUCAUCGAGUGGCGCACACACUAUUGAUGCGAGUUUUAGAUGAAUUUACCGAAUCAGUACCCAAGAGUCAAUGGCCUGGCUUAAUUGAAUACCAAGCACCAUACGCAAACUUAGAUAUGUACCUGACUAAGUUUCAAAAUCCUAAAGAAGCUGAUGCGAUGACAAAAAUUCAAAACGAUCUUGAUGAAACAAAAAUUAUUUUGCAUAACACUAUCACAAGUGUAUUACAACGUGGCGAAAAGUUGGACAAUCUAGUAGCUAAAUCUGAAGAUCUGUCAAUGCAAAGUAAAGUAUUUUACAAAACUGCUCGAAAAACAAAUCAAUGUUGUCAACUAUAUUGA